UUCUAUUAAAAAUAUCCGCAAAAUGCCAAAACGACGUGGUAUCUCAAAACCUAGAGCAAUUCUUCUGGCCGGAGAUGAAGAAAGAGAUGAAUUAGUACACGCCCUUCUUAGAGGUCUCGUGUCUGCUAAAAUAAAACAAAUCAAGUUUUCCCUUUUCUCCAAUCUGCUGCAGCACCACAUGAAACAAGGGACAAUCCCUCCAAUUCUUAAGUUAGAUGCGAAACCGCCAGGGUUUGAAACACCAGAAUACGACCGCAUUUUGUCCCAGUGGAAGAACAUGUUAAAUGGAAGCUCUAAACGACUUUUGGUUGCACUGAAAUGCUUAUACGAUGAUGAGGUCGCUUUUAACGGGUGGCUGUCGUCUUCUUUAAAGCUACAGUGUGUCUAUGCUAUUACUAAUCUUCUGGACUGCGAUCGAGCGACAGCGAACAGUAAAGUUCAAGAAUGCGUUAGACAAGCAUUGACUACAUCUCUAGAUGAACUUACUCAAGUGUUUUAUGAUCAAACAAACAGAACUCAUCGAGAUAAAACUGAAAGAUUCGAAAAUAAUAUCGAUUGUGAAUGUGAAGAAACAAAGUAUUUGAAGUUUGCCAAUGAGGUUGCGGACGACAUUAGAUUGACCAAAACCAGUUCAACAACAAUAAUGGAAAAAGUGAUGGAACACUAUGAAGCAAAUCAAACCAAUGAUCUCGACCUACGGAGCAUGAGGCAGAGCUUAGAAAAUUUAAAAGCCGAUCUCGGUUUUGCGUUUGAACCUUCUACCUCGAAUCAAGACAGCUAGAAACUAAAAAAAUCCACGCUGGGUUGUGCAAGCUUUGGGUGAAAAUUGAUUAUUUGUUAAAAUAUGCCGCACAAUAAAGGUUGCAUCUCA